UGAUGAAAAACAAGAAGGAGAAAUCUCCCAGCUCCCGGCCUAUUCUAGAGAUCUACUCUGCCUCAGGAAUCCAGCUGGCCAGCGUUGUGUGGAAGGACUCUCCGGCGAUGUUCCUGGGCUGGACCACCAGUGAGGAGCUGCUCAGCGUCCAAGAGAACGGAAUCGUCCUUCUCCACAGCCUGUUCGGCGAAUUCAAGAAGAAAGUCACCAUGACCAACGACGUGGUGCAGGAACGUGUGCUGGAGGCCAGGGUCUUCUACACGACAUACGGCACCGGCUUGGCCAUCCUAUCCGCCCUUCAACACCGCUUCAGCCUGGCCAACAACAUCUAUGACAUGAAACUACGGAAGCUUCCCGUCGUGCCAGGUCUCCAAGGCCCCCCUUCCUGCUGGACGGUCCUUUGUCAAAACAGGGUGACCAACAUUUUCUUUGCGGUCGGGCAAGAACUGUACCUUCUGGAUGACGCAGCCUACAACCCGGUGACCCUGCCUGGGCUCAGUCCCCACGCCGGUUCCUUCCUCAGGAUGGCCGUGUCGUUCAACCACCGGUUUUUGGCACUCUUCACCAACACCGGCUACGUCUGGAUGGGCCGGUCGAACUUAAAGGAAAAAAUGGCUGAAUUCACUUGCGACUACCGAUCGCCUCCCAAGCAGAUGGCCUGGUGUACUCGACAGCACAGCCGGCAGCGUGCUGUUGUGAUGGCCUGGGACCGGUGCCUUGUGGUGGCUGGAAGCGACCAGCAAAGCAUCCAAUACCCUCUGAGCGAGGAUUCGCACCUGGUCCCAGAGCUGGACGGGGUGCGCAUUUUCUCUCGCUCCACCCACGAAUUCCUCCAUGAGAUCCCAGAGGCCAGUGAGGAGAUCUUCAAAAUCGCCUCCAUGUCGCCCGGGGCCUUGCUGCUCGAGGCUCAGAAAGAGUAUGAGAAAGAAAGCCAGAAGGCGGAUGAAUACCUGCGUGAAAUCAAGGACCAGAAACUGCUUUCGGAGGCUGUUGAGCAAUGCAUUAAAGCAGCCAGCUAUGAACAUUCCCCGCCCAUCCAGAAAGCUCUGCUCCAGGCAGCCUCUUUUGGAAAAUGCUUCAUCGACAAAUACGCACCGGAACAUUUUGUCGAAACCUGCCGAGAUCUGCGAGUGCUUAACGCCGUGCGAGAUUACCAGAUUGGGAUGCCCCUCAGCUUCGACCAAUAUAAACAGCUGACCAAGGAGGUUUUACUGGAUAGGGUGGUUUUAAGAAGACUGUAUCCCAUCGCCAUCAAGAUCUGCGAGUAUCUCCGUCUCUCCGAAUUCCAAGGAAUAAGCCGGAUUUUGGCCCACUGGGCCUGUUACAAGGUUCAACAGAGAGACAAAUCAGACGAGGAAUUGGCCCAAGUCAUCAACCAGAAACUCGGUGACGCCGUGGGCAUUUCGUAUUCGGACAUCGCGACGCAGGCUUACGAGAGCAGCCGGCCAGAGCUGGCUAUCAAGCUGCUGGAAUACGAACCCAGGCCAGGAAAGCAGGUUCCUCUUUUGCUGACCAUGAAUAGAAACCAGCUAGCGUUGAGCAGAGCCAUCGAGAGCGGGGACAGUGACCUGGUUUACACCGUCAUCUCGCGCCUGAAGGACGACCUCAGCCGGGGCGAUUUCUUCAUGGCUUUGCAGAACCAGCCCGUGGCGUUGAGUCUCUAUCGUCAGUUCUGCAAACAUAAGGAGCCCAACACACUUAAAGACCUCUACAAUCAAGACGACAACCACCAAGAACUGGGCAACUUCCACGUCCGUAGCAGCUACGUCAGUGAGAAGGCUCAAGGGGAACCUCUGUUCUGGUGGCUGAAGAUCAGUGCCUUGGCAGAACAAGGGGCCUGGGAAGAUCUAGAGAAGUUCUCCAAGUCCAAAAAGUCACCUAUCGGCUACCUGCCCUUUGCAGAGAUCAGCAUGAAGUAUGGCAGGCCGGGUGAAGCCAAGAAGUACGCCGCCCGAGUCACCCCCGAACAGAAAGUGAAGGCGUUCCUCUUGGUGGGGGACUUCACUCAAGCCGCCGAAGCCGCCGUGGAGCGCAAGAACGAAGCAGAAAUGGCACUCAUCCUCUCGAAAUGCACCGACGCCACCGUGGUGGCCAGGCUGGAGCAGGCGAAAGCUCAACUGGGAAAGAAAUGAGCUUUUCCACACCAUUCACCAGUUACUUCUCACCGGCCCUGCCGGGUUGCAAAAGAACAAACAAACAAACUCUGGCCCGGUCCAGAAGCAGCUUUGCAACUUCCAGGAGUUUGUGACUACCGUCUCCAUCCUCCCCAGCCGGCCCUCUGACGCACGCACCUGGACGGAAGGGCCGCCAAGUUGAACUGAAACAAGGACAACUGGGCUCCUGCUAGACUUAGGGAAGAUUUGAACUGAGAUUUGUUAAUGGGAAUGCCCUGAAUGUUGGGGUGCUGGGUUUGGUUUUUGUUUUUUUGAGGAGGGGGGUGAAUU